AUGGGGGCGGGGAGCAGCCUGCCUGCACCCGGACAAAAGCCGGAUCCCGGGCGGCUGGCGGACGCUCGAGCGCUCUGGAUCCCGCGGUUUGAGAGGGCCCGGUGGAGGGAGCGCCGCGCGCAGACUUUCGCCGAGACAGGUAGAGCAGGUCCUUCUGCAGCCAUGUCGGCCAAGGCGAUUUCAGAGCAGACGGGCAAAGAACUCCUAUACAAGUACAUCUGCACCACCUCGGCCAUCCAGAACCGCUUCAAGUAUGCGCGGGUCACCCCGGACACAGACUGGGCCCGCCUGCUGCAGGAUCACCCCUGGCUGCUCAGCCAGAGUUUGGUCGUCAAGCCAGACCAGCUGAUCAAACGGCGUGGGAAGCUGGGGCUCGUGGGGGUCAACCUGACUCUGGACGGGGUCAAGUCCUGGCUGAAGUCAAGGCUGGGACUGGAGGCCAUGGUUGGCAAGGCCAAAGGCUUCCUUAAGAACUUUCUGAUCGAGCCCUUCGUCCCCCACACUCAGGCGGAGGAGUUCUACGUCUGCAUCUAUGCCACCCGAGAUGGGGACUAUGUCCUGUUCCACCACGAAGGCGGGGUGGAUGUGGGCGACGUGGAUGCCAAAGCCCAGAAGCUGCUGGUCGGCGUGGACAAGAAGCUGCACCCCGAGGACGUCAAGAAGCACCUGCUGGUGCACGCCCCCGAGGACAAGAAAGAAAUCCUGGCCAGUUUUAUCUCGGGCCUCUUCAACUUCUAUGAGGACCUGUACUUCACCUACCUGGAGAUCAACCCCCUUGUCGUCACCAGAGACGGAGUCUACAUCCUUGACCUGGCUGCCAAGGUGGACGCCACGGCCGACUACAUCUGCAAAGUGAAGUGGGGCGACAUCGAGUUCCCGCCCCCCUUUGGGCGAGAGGCCUAUCCGGAGGAAGCCUACAUAGCAGACCUGGAUGCCAAGAGUGGGGCGAGCCUGAAGCUGACGUUGCUGAACCCCAAGGGGAGGAUCUGGACUAUGGUGGCCGGGGGUGGCGCCUCUGUUGUGUACAGCGACACCAUCUGUGACCUGGGGGGUGUCCACGAGCUGGCGAACUACGGGGAGUACUCGGGGGCUCCCAGCGAGCAACAGACUUAUGACUACGCCAAGACGAUUUUGUCCCUCAUGACUCGUGAGAAGCACCCUGACGGUAAGAUUCUCAUCAUUGGAGGCAGCAUUGCAAACUUCACCAACGUGGCCGCCACCUUCAAGGGCAUCGUGAGAGCGAUCCGGGACUACCAGGGCCCAUUGAAGGAUCAUGAGGUCACCAUCUUUGUCCGAAGAGGCGGCCCCAACUAUCAGGAAGGCUUACGGGUGAUGGGAGAAGUCGGGAAGACCACCGGGAUCCCUAUCCACGUUUUUGGCACUGAGACGCACAUGACGGCUAUCGUGGGCAUGGCCCUGGGCCACCGACCCAUCCCCAACCAGCCGCCUACAGCCGCCCACACGGCAAACUUUCUCCUCAAUGCCAGCGGGAGCACAUCGACCCCAGCUCCGAGCAGGACAGCGUCUUUUUCUGAGUCCAGAGCUGACGAAGUGGCCCCUGCAAAGAAGGCCAAGCCUGCCAUGCCCCAAGGGAAGAGUGCCACCCUCUUCAGCCGCCACACCAAAGCCAUCGUGUGGGGCAUGCAGACCCGCGCCGUGCAGGGCAUGCUGGACUUUGACUACGUGUGCUCCCGAGACGAGCCCUCAGUGGCCGCCAUGGUCUACCCGUUCACUGGGGACCACAAGCAGAAGUUUUACUGGGGUCACAAGGAGAUCCUGAUCCCCGUCUUCAAGAACAUGGCGGAUGCCAUGAGGAAGCACCCAGAAGUUGACGUGCUGAUUAACUUUGCCUCCCUGCGCUCAGCCUACGACAGUACCAUGGAGACCAUGAACUAUGCUCAGAUCCAGACCAUCGCCAUCAUAGCCGAAGGCAUCCCAGAGGCCCUCACCAGGAAGCUGAUCAAGAAGGCUGACCAGAAGGGAGUGACCAUCAUUGGACCUGCCACCGUUGGCGGCAUCAAGCCGGGAUGUUUUAAGAUCGGGAACACGGGCGGGAUGCUGGACAACAUCCUGGCCUCUAAGCUGUACCGCCCUGGCAGCGUGGCGUACGUCUCCCGGUCUGGGGGCAUGUCCAACGAGCUCAACAACAUCAUCUCCCGGACCACAGAUGGUGUCUAUGAAGGCGUGGCCAUUGGUGGGGACAGGUACCCUGGCUCGACCUUCAUGGACCACGUCUUACGUUACCAGGACACUCCCGGGGUCAAGAUGAUUGUGGUUCUUGGAGAGAUAGGAGGCACCGAGGAGUACAAGAUCUGCCGCGGCAUCCAGGAGGGCCGCCUCACCAAGCCCGUGGUCUGCUGGUGCAUCGGGACCUGCGCCACCAUGUUCUCCUCCGAGGUACAGUUUGGCCAUGCCGGGGCCUGUGCCAACCAGGCUUCUGAAACGGCAGUGGCCAAGAACCAGGCUCUGCAGGAGGCAGGCGUGUUUGUGCCCCGGAGCUUCGAUGAGCUUGGAGAAAUCAUCCAGUCUGUGUAUGAGGAUCUUGUGGCCAAAGGAGCCAUCGAGCCUGCCCAGGAGGCUCCGCCCCCAACGGUGCCCAUGGACUACUCUUGGGCCAGGGAGCUGGGCCUGAUCCGCAAACCCGCCUCCUUCAUGACCAGCAUCUGUGACGAGCGCGGGCAAGAGCUCAUCUACGCGGGCAUGCCCAUCACUGAGGUCUUCAAGGAGGAGAUGGGCAUCGGUGGCGUCCUCGGCCUCCUCUGGUUCCAGAGAAGGUUGCCCAAGUACUCUUGCCAAUUCAUCGAGAUGUGCCUGAUGGUGACGGCGGAUCACGGGCCAGCUGUCUCUGGGGCCCACAACACCAUCAUCUGCGCCCGGGCUGGCAAGGACCUGGUCUCCAGCCUCACCUCGGGGCUGCUCACCAUCGGGGACCGGUUUGGGGGCGCCUUGGAUGCAGCAGCCAAGAUGUUCAGCAAAGCCUUCGACAGCGGCAUCAUCCCCAUGGAGUUUGUGAACAAGAUGAAGAAGGAGGGGAAGCUCAUCAUGGGCAUCGGGCACCGGGUGAAGUCGAUAAACAACCCGGACAUGCGGGUGCAGAUCCUCAAGGACUACGUGAAGCAGCACUUUCCCGCCACCCCGCUGCUCGACUACGCGCUGGAAGUGGAGAAGAUCACCACCUCAAAGAAGCCGAACCUGAUCCUGAAUGUGGAUGGUCUUAUUGGCGUGGCCUUUGUUGACAUGCUCAGGAACUGUGGGUCCUUCACUCGGGAGGAAGCGGACGAGUACAUCGACAUCGGAGCCCUCAAUGGCGUCUUUGUGCUGGGCAGGAGCAUGGGCUUCAUCGGACACUACCUGGAUCAGAAGAGGCUGAAGCAGGGGCUGUAUCGUCACCCGUGGGAUGAUAUUUCCUAUGUUCUCCCGGAGCACAUGACCAUGUAACUGAGCCAGGAACCCUACCGCAGUUGAAUGAAGACAAGAACCCCGAGCAGAUACCCCACGCUGGAGCCUGUGAGAGGAUGAGCCUGGGAUGUGCACGGUUGCUGGCGUGCGGGCACUAAAGACCACCUCCCACAGGCGAGCACCGUUAGCCCACACCAAGAAACUUUGUAAUAAAUAUAUAUAUAUACACACACACAUACAUAUAUAUAUAUAUACAUAUAUAUAUAUAUAUGCUUAGAAAUAAAAAACCGCAGCCAGUUCACAUGGCAUUUGCUCUGCUCCCUUGCUGUACUUAGUAUAUGGCAUCUAAGCAUUGUCAGGCAGGUGUCUUCCUCCUUAGGGGGGAAAGGAUGUUACGUGUCCCUCCACCCCCAUUAGUGCAAAAGUACUAUUUCCCUUGGAGGAGGGGAUGGAAACUUUGAAGACCUCAAGAUACUAGAUUUGACUUUAGGCACCCCGACUUACUUCUCUUCCCCUCCUCUUUCCUCCUCAUUGAACAUGGGCAGUGUAGUCCUCAGAUCGUUUUUUUCUUUUAGGAUUGUUUUUGUAUGUUCUGUAUCUGGGUUUGUUUGAUAGCCCACUGAGACAUUCCACGUUGUAGACUCAAGUCUGUGUCAGGGGAUGAGACCAUUGCAUCCUUCGCCACUGUCACACAAGAUCUGUGGGGUAGUCAUUUACAGUGUAAAAUUGUAAGAGAUACAGGUGUUUCGAAUGGAAACGCAAAGCAAAAAGCUGUGAAACCUCUCGUCUUCUCUGUAUUUAUGCAGCUGGCUUGGCUCUCUGUUUCUGAAGCGUGUGGGUCCAAGGACCCUUCUCCAGCCAGUGUGCAUCUGUAAUGCACAAGGAUUCUGGCCAGCUGCCAUUGUGGUCGCCUCUGUAUUCUCAUCGUUUCGUUUAAAUAAACUCUCGUAACCACGAA